AUGGCCGGCAUUACAGAGCAGUUAAUUGAAAAGCUUAACGCUAUCGAGGUAAAUAUUUUUGAGGAGCAGGAUGCCACGCGUCAGCAGCUGGCUCUGGCGGCCCGCAAACUGUUCCACAAACUGGAAACAAAAGAAGAGAAGACCAUGCGCCUCGCUAUAGAGGAACCAAUCAUGUUCUCUGUCCUUCAAUCUCUCAUCGACAUUGGUCUGUUUGAGAGCUGGACAGCUGCUGGCGGUGGUGAAAAGGAUGUCAACGAAUUGGCCAAGCUCAGCAAAAAGGAUAUGGAACCGGAGCUGCUAUGUCAUCAACUACGACUAAUGGCCGCAAACCAUAUCAUCGAAGAAACAGCAAACGACCGCUAUCUGCCUACGCCUUAUUCCCUUGCCAUUGGAGACAAGAGCACUUCAAUUGGCAACGGUCUUCGCAUCAGAACCGAUCACGUCGCACCAUGUGCUAUGCAUUGGCCCGAAUUCUUGGCUAAGACAAAUUUCCGUAAGCCCCGGGAUGACAAGGCCAGUUGCUACAUCGACACCUUCCCAGAAAAGAAAAGCUUUUUUGAGCGUUGUAGUGCAAACCCUGUACACCAGGAAAGCUUCUCCUCUUUCAUGGAUGUGUGGGCCAAAGGAAAGAGAGCCUGGCCGCAGUUCUAUGACACCCAAGCACUGCUUGACGGCGCCGAUCUGAGCAAUGGUAAUCCUUUUGUUGUAGAUGUUGGAGGACAUCACGGCAUAGAUCUCAUGCGUGUGGCGGAGAAGCACCCAGAUCUGCCUGCCGGUUCUCUUGUGCUGGAAGACCUACCAGAGGUUGUUGGACCUGUCAAGCUUACCACAGACAAGAUCAGAACUGUCGCCCACGACCUCUUCGAAGAAGGCGCCGAGCAGCCCAUCAAAGAAGCCAGAGCUUAUUUCAUGCACGCCGUCUUGCAUGACUGGUCGGACGAAACAUCCGUGAAAAUCCUGAAGCAGAUUGCUGCUGUCAUGAAGCCCGGUUACUCUAAAGUGCUUAUCAAUGACAUUGUCAUUCCAUCCACGGGCGCUAGUUGCUACCAAGCAGCCAUGGACUGCCUUGUUCUACAGGCUUCAGCUAAUGAAAGAACCGAGGCUGUGUGGAGCAAGGUCAUCAAGGAUGCUGGUCUUAAGCUUGUAAAGUACUACCCUGACGGUCGUGGGUAUGAGAGUGUGAUUGAGGCCGAAUUGCCAUGA